UGUGGUUGAACUUCCCGAGCGCUCAGCUGACUCGAGAGGAGGAAUCAUCGCGCGCGAGCUAUCGAGGGGAAAACAAACAGCGAUGGCGGCGGAGAUCCAUUCCAGGCCUCAGAGCUCCAGACCCGUCCUGCUGAACAAGAUCGAGGGCCACAGCGACAGCGUGAACGCGGCCGUGCUGAUCCCGAAGGAGGAUGGAGUCAUCACGGUCAGCGAGGACAGGACGAUUCGAGUUUGGCUGAAGCGGGACAGUGGACAGUACUGGCCCAGCAUCUACCACACUGUGUCCUCUCCGUGCUCCUGUAUGUCAUACCAUCAUGACAGCAGGCGGAUCUUCAUAGGCCAGGACAAUGGAGCUGUUGUGGAGUUCCUCAUCUCAGAAGACUUCAACAAAAUGAACCAUGUCAAAACAUACCCAGCUCAUCAGAACCGUGUGUCGGACCUCAUCUUCUCUCUGGAGAGUCAGUGGGUGAUCAGCACGGGUCAUGAUAAAAGCAUCAGCUGGAUGAGCACUCAGAGCGGCUCUAUGUUGGGACGCCACAGCUUCGGCUCAUGGGCUUCCUGUUUACAAUAUGAUAACGAUACCCAGCAUGCCUUUGUGGGAGAUUAUUCGGGGCAGAUCACUCUGCUGAAACUGGAAGAACAGACAUGUUCUGUCAUUACUACACUAAAGGGACAUGCAGGUAGCGUUAGUGCGUUAUAUUGGGAUCCGGUUCAGAGGUGGCUGUUUUCUGGAGCGUCUGAUCAUAGUGUGAUCAUGUGGGACAUUGGUGGCAGACAGGGACGCUCAUUACUACUGCAGGGACACCAUGAGAAGGUCCAGGCGCUGUGGUAUCUGCCGCUGACCCAUCAGCUGCUGUCCUGCUCUGCUGAUGGAGGAAUAACAGUGUGGAACAUGGAGACAACACGAGAAGAGGCUCCUCAGUGGCUGGACAGCGAUUCCUGUCAGAAAUGUGCACAGCCGUUUUUUUGGAAUAUAAAGCAGAUGUGGGACAGUAAGACCCUGGGGCUCCGACAGCAUCACUGCAGGAAGUGUGGUAAGGCGAUUUGUGGGAAGUGUAGUUCUAAACGCUCCACGUACCCCAUCAUGGGCUUUGAGUUCCAGGUGCGCGUGUGUGACGACUGCUACGACACAAUCAAAGAGGAAGAUCGGACGCCUCUGGCUACGUUUCAUGAAGGGAAACACAACAUCGCUCACAUGGACAUGGACCCGAGCCGAGGACUGAUGGUCACGUGUGGGAGUGAUCGAGUUGUUAAGAUCUGGGACAUGACGCAGGUGGUGGGCAGCAGUGUAGCGGCGGGAUCCUCUGCUCGCUGAUUGGCUGUUUCUGAAGGCACCGCCCACACUCCGCCAGCAGAUGUCAUAGAAACGCUCUCCCACCUGUCUAACUCUCUCGUCCUUCAGCUGUGGAGUCAGACACUUCAACACGGUGUCUGUGAAUAUGUGUGUGUCUUUGGAAUCCUCCUUGAUUUUGUGAAUCAGCCGUUCAUGUCUCUUAUGAGGUAUGAUGACCUGGAUUUGAGCAAACGUGAACUCAAGGUACUUCUGAAAGCACAAAAUUUGUGCACAUGGCUUUGUCACAGGCUGAAGGUUUCUGUCAUUUUGUACUUGUUGUAUUCCCUCCGUCCAGAAGUACCACUCAAACACAGGAAGUAUUCCUUCGUCCAACAUCCUGUUUCUUCUUCAGCCAUCUUUCUGGUUUAUCCUUCUUACCCUUUUUGAAUUUGAAUGCUACUACUGGUCAUGGUAACCAGCACUCGUGUUACCAUGGAAAUUAGUGUUCCAUAGUAACGAUGGAACAUUCCCGUACAAACUUGUCAUUUUCCCUCUAAAAUGUCACGCAGGCAGAUGCGGAACAUUAAGUGUAGCAUAAAAUCCGUGGAGCAUUUUAUGAUUAAACGCAUUAAGUUAGUACAGUAGUGUUCAGCUGUAAAACACUAUUUAUAGCACUAAUCAUCCUUCUCUGUGAUUUAGAGACAAGUUCAAAUUUUGAAACUUGUUUCUGCCUUGCGAUAAUUUUUUUUAAAAAGUAACUGCAAUUUUUUGUCACAAUUCUGCCUUUUUUCCACACAAUUGCAAAACUCAUAAUUGCACAUUUACAUAUUGCAAUUCUGACUUUUCCCCCAGAAUUCUUAGUUUGCAUUAAUUCAGACUUUUUUCUCCUAAUUCUGAGUUUGUUUUUUUGCCAUGGAAUUAAAACGGUAAUUGCCUUUUUCCUCAGAAUUGCAAGAAAAAAGCCAGAAUGUAAAUGUGCCAGAUAUAAACUCAUAAUUUUGUGGGGAAAAAAAGUCAGAAUUGAGAGAUUAAAAAUUCACAGUUACCUUUUUUUAAUCCCAUGGCUAAAACAAACUUGCAUGUAAAAGUGAUGCUUAUCCCAAAAAUUCUCAGCAUUUACAACAUUUACUCGUGUCUUUCCAAAACUCAAAUCACUUUCUUUCUUCUGUGGAACAGUAGAUGAGACGUUUAGCAGAAUGUUGAUGCUGCUCUUUCCAUACAGUGGAAGUGAAUGAGGACUGGGGUUCCAACAAAGCAUCAUAUAAUUAGUCCAUACGGCUUUUGCACUAUAUUACAACUCUUCUGAAUCUGCAUAAUAGCUUCUAAAACCCAAAAUGGCAAAAACAAACAAUAAAACUAGUCCUAUGCGUGAUAAUAAUGCUAUAUUCAACAAAAUUAACUUGUUUCUUCUCAUUAGUGUAUUCGUAUAAUCCAGCUUGCCAGUUUGCAGUUUAUAUGACAACCAGUGGUAUUUCUUUUACUGAUGUCAAACCUGACGAGUAGACCUUAGUCAGGGUAGUGCCAUAUUUAAUUUUUAUUUUUGAUAGGAAUGAAAAUGAAGCAGUGAGGGUCUGAAGUACAUUGUGUUUAAUGGAUUGUACUGCUGUCUUACAACAUACCGAUUGUUCAGCGGAAGAAAAAAUAAACUUUCUAAAGAGAAUACUCCAUAAAAGUUGUGAAAAUUAUGAACUAGUGUGCAAGUCUAUCCCUUACGGCCUUGUUUAUUUGAAUAUGGCACCUAACCUAAGGUCAUUAUAUGCAAAUGAGAUUUGAGAGAUGCGUCGGAGGGUGCGAGUUUUAAAGUUUCGGUCUGUUCCUGACACAAAGCUAUGAUAUGGUUUAAGAUGACUUUGGAAUAUGAACUUUUCUGUAUUCAACAGGUUUGGAACAACUUGAGUAAAUGGUGACAGAAUUGUCGUUUUGAAUGCACUGUUUCUUUAAAUAGUUAUAUUUCUGAAGCUGGAUGAUUUAAAUUUAUGCACAGUUCACAGUCAACGUCACAUUGGCCAAUGAGAAGAGAGAAUUCCAGGCUGUUUACAAACAUUAUAACUGACCAGCGCUGUUUAUGUUUUACUUUAGUUCUUUCUUUUCGUCUUGACCCUCUCCUCACAUUAUCUCUUUUUCUCUCGGCUGUCACAUUUCUCAGUCGUUCAUUGUCUUGCCGGGUUCUCUGUUCCUUGCACUGAAUUGCACAGUCUGUGUGUGUUUGUGAUCUGACGGUACAAAUGGCGUCUGUGCGAGUGUUUGCAUUACUUUCACUUUUAAAUGUCUGAUUCGUGCCUGUGUAAAGCGCUUGCUCGUUUCGAUAUACGUCUCAUUCCACGCUUUGUAAAUAAUUUCAUUCCCAUUCAAUAAUAUUUUCCCUGCUAAAGAAAAAACAGCAUAUGCUGGUUAGGUAUGAUUUGAAGCAUGGCUGCUGGCUUGAGCAGGUCCUGAGCAGGAGCUAGCUGCUUAGGACCAGCUCAAACCAGCUUAAACCAGCAGCCAUGCUUCAAAACAUUCCUAACCAGCAGUUUUCAGCAGGAUUGUUGCUGAUUUUCCUCAUUUAAUGUAAAAAUGAAACAGGGUGUGAAUGUAAGAGCUUUGGACUGCAGUGAAAGCAGGGUUUGUGUGACAUCAUUUUGGUGUCAUUUAAAUCGAAAGAUACUGACAACGAUUAUAAUUUCUCAUCAGGGAACUGAGGGAGUUCUGUUUUCUUUUUGUUAAUUAUUUUUCCUCCAUUUACUAUGAAAACGUGCUGAGAGUCAAGGGUGAAUCUCACGAAAUCUGUCAAGAAUAUGUCGUGAGAUUCAUCCCGGAAAGAGUUAAAGUCAUUUUUGUUUCGAGUUAUUGCUCUUAUGUGUCUUUAACAUCUGUUGACACUUCAGGGAGUCACGGUUCAGUUUAACCACCAUGUAAAAUCACACAAACUGUUAUCUUCAGACGCUGAAAACAUUGUAAAGUUCAACACGCUUCUAAUGCGCAAACCCUGAAACUGUAAAUAACUCUAAAUGACUUUGAGAUCUGUUUUUCUAUGUGCUUUUUCUAAAACUUACUUUACUUCAGUAGUUCUGUAAUGAAGUAUUAUUCUCUCUCUCUCUCUCUCUCUAUAUAUAUAUAUAUAUAUACCAAGUUGAGCUCAAACAUCUGUAUUUUUCAUACAAGAAUCUUCUGCCACUAAUAUGAAAACUGACACAAGUCUUAAUGCUGACUGGUAGUUUCAGCACAGAGAUUGAGUGAAAUAUUACAAUAAAGAUCUAUGCUGUAUCUCAUGCAAGAGAUAUGGUUCUUCUGGUCAUUUAAA